AUGUAUAAUUCAGGAUCGUCAAAGGGAGAAAUUGAAAUCCCCACUCCAAUUGGAAAAAGCAACUCACAAUUGCCAUCAGAAAGUGAUAAUUCUGAUUUACAAAGAGAUUCAAAUUCAAAAAAUGAAAAAGAGGAUUCACCUGAAAAACCAAUUUCUGAAUUUGCUAUUAAACCAAAAAAAUACAGGAAGAUUAUUUAAGCUUUAGACAUCAUAGGAAUGCUUGGAUUAUUAAUUUAUUGCAUAUUAAUACAGUCUUAUUACUCAACCAUUUAUUUGAUCUGUUUACUCUUAAUUUUAAAUUACUCCUAUAUUAGUAGCUAUAAAGGAGUUUAGGUUAAAGAUGGGAGACUUUAUCCAUUAGCAGAAUUCGCUGCAUAAUAAGAAUAGUUUCAUAAUACAAACUAGAACUAGGAGCAAUCUGAAAAUAACUUUAUAACUCAAUAUUGGUUGGUUCUUAAUGAUGUAAAGAAGUUCUUUUGGUAUGUUUUUGUUAUAGUUUCCGCAAUCUCUUUGGUUGUUAAGCUCACCUUAUACCCUAUAGCUAAAAAUGGAGGUUAUGCAAUGAUGUCAAUUGAAAACUUCAGAGGACUGGAAGUCUAUUUCACACUAAUAAAUGGUAAAAUCACUGUGUCUUCAUCUGAACAGGGCUUAGCAUUUGCACCAAACUGCAUAAUGUUAGCUUUGGCUAUAGUUAUAUUAAUUUUCAGAAAUGUCGAAUUGAAAUAAGAAUUCUAUGAAUUAUCAGAUAGUCCUAUAUUGACCAAAUUUUUUAUUCUGAUUAUGUUACUUAGUUUGAUCAUCCUAACUUGCUGUACCAAAUCUCUAAUAGGUCUUAUCAUGUGGGGGUUUUAAUUGGUGUUGCUGUUGAGAAUGUAUAACAAUCAUUUAGUAGAUAAACAAUAUUUUAUAAUUUUGAAGAUAGUAAUUAUGGUAAUAUUAGUUGUUAUGUAUUUCAUCAGCACACCAAUAUAGAAGGUUAUCCUUUAAAAUAGCAGAGCAGCAUCCUUCACUUUAUAAUUUACUGGGUUCUAAUUAUUUGGCUACUUUUCAAAUUAUGAAUCCCAAGCCAUCCUAUUCAUUAUCUUCUCUAUUAUUGUAAUCAAUAUGCUCUGCUUAGUAAGUGAGAAGAUAAAAACACAGAAUAUCAAAAAUCAAUUUAAUUACACUGUAACAGAGAUCUCCUAAUAAUACAAAGACUUUAAAUAGUUUUAAGAAUUCAUUAAAAUUUAGAUGGGUAACAUCUCCGUAGAUUUCAAUGAUUCCCCUCAAGGGAGAAGAAAAACUGGGAACUUGAAUUAAUAGGAAGAAGAUUCUAAAGAUAUUGAUUCUGAAGAGAGUAAGGAGAUCUCAGAUGAAGACAUUGAAGAGUAGGAGCAGCGUGAAUCAAAAGAAAGUCCUAAAAUCGACAGAAUCUUUCAAAAUCAAUAUGAAUCUUCUGCAACCUAUUUUCAUAAAAUUGAGAAAGCAUGGUAUGAAUAAUUGGAAACUAUUAAAACUACCAUAGAUAAACCAUUGAUUUCUUUGAUUAUUUUACAAAUAUUGUCCUUAAGUAUAGUCAUACUCCAAUAGACAUAUUUUUCAAUUUUAUUAGUAUGUUGGCUUAUUUUAACAGGGUUUACAUUAAACUUUAAAAUAAUUCGCCUGGCUACAAUAUUUUGUAAUAUUCCUUCAUUAUUGAUCAAUUUUUUUACUUUCUAUUACAGCAAUAUAACAGGAUUGGAUAGACCUGAUAAUUUCUAUUAAUUUUGUCCUUCAAGUUAAUACAAAGGUGUAGAUGAUUUACCAACAACAGUCUGUUAAAAACUUGGAUUCUUUUAUUAGGAAAGUUCAGUCGUUAAUUCAAUUUUGAUGAAUUGUACUUUGUGUUUAUUUUUUUUGUUCAUCAAAUAAAUAGAGGAGUAGGAGGAAAGAGAAAAAUAAAUACAAACUUAACCUAACGAAAUUGAAGGAAAGACUAAAUGGUUUAACAUUUUUUUGGCAUUUUAUUUUAGAAUUGGCUUUUUUAUGGUGAUUAUAUUGCUCUAUUGGGUUGGCUUCAAUGAAAUUAAUAUAAUUUAGUUUAUAAUGAUUUUCCUUCUGAUAAUAUUCAUUGUUAAUUAAUCCAAUAAAUGUGAAUACAAAGGGAAGAAAGUUCCUUUUCAAUAAAAAUAUUGGAUAAUUCUUUUGGUUUACAUGAGUGUCCUCACUUUCGUUAAAUAUGUAUACACUUUAUUUGGGGUUUAUUCAAAUUAUUUUGUUGUUUAAGUUUUAGGACUUAACAUGCUGAAUCAUUAAUUAGUAUUGAAUUGGCUUUUAUUUUAUCUAACCAUCAUUUAAUAUUAUGGAUAUAAUACUACUUUGUAUGAUCAAUAUUCAAAUAGAUUAAUUGCCACCAUCUCAUAAGUUGAGAGUGUGAAAGAAACUGCACCCAAUUUUAGAUAUCAUUUUGGAAUUUUAGAAACAUUAUAUGGCCAUUCAUUGAUAUGGACAGCUUAUGUAAUUAAUAUAUGCUUUUUGCUAUUCACUCCUUACAGUUAUCUCAAUAAUGUAUUAUUAUUGUAUAUAGGUAUUGUUUUCUUAUAUCAUGUUAAAUCAAUAAAUUCUUAGAUUAAUUACAUAAAACUAAGAUUGAUGUGGUAUAUAUACAUGUAAUUAUUGCUGCUUGCCUUUUCAUAUAGAUAUCUAUUUUCAUUUUUUUGUGUUCCAGACUUAAAGGAUAAAUCAGAAGGAUUUUAAACAUUUUAUGAGAACCUCUAAUUAUAUUAUUAGGAAGUUGGUCUAUAUGCCUACUCUACAGAUAAUUUAAGAAUGGAAUAUUUGGCAGACACUUUAAACAUUUUGUUUGGUGCCUUUGCAUUGAAUUAAUUAUCAAAAUUCAAGAAAUUGUAAAUGAAAUAACAAAAUUAAAAUUUAAAUGAAUCGAAUACAUAAAAUGUUCUGGAUUUAAGAAUAUUAGAUUAGUAGAAGUGGCUUAAGUCAAUUUUGAUUGGAAUAGCUCAUAUUAAUACUGAUAUAAUUACAAUUUAUAUUCAGCAUUCAUAUUGUUGUCUUUGUAUUUAAGUUAUUUUUAUCGUGUUCACAAUACAAUAUUAGAUGUUCUCGAUGAGUAAUAAAGCUUAACAAAACUACAAAAAUGUAAAACGUUAUAUAGAUUUAGAAAUUUAUCUUCUCAAAUAGUUGUACCUUGAGUUUGCUUCAGAUAUAUCUCAUAUUGAUGAACCCAAGAACAUUAAAAGGUUGAAUGACCAAUUCAAAUUGUUACGCCUAACCACCAGAAUCAAACUCAAAAGAAAAAUUUGGUUGUACUCUUUCUACUUCACUGCCUUUUGUAUCUUACUUUCAUACUUCUCUUAAUUUCUAUCAACUGAGUCAUUUACAGUAAUUGUAGAUCCCCCCUUAUGGGUGGAUUAUACAGUACUUAGUUUUUUCAUUUUUGGAACAUAUUCAAGAUAAUACAUAAUUACAAAUUAGUGUUAUUGUGGUUAUGAAUCAAAUAAUAAUGAUUGCAAUGAGAAUAAUUACGUUCAAACUGAAUCAAAUAUGUGGUAGGUUUCAUGGUUUUAUUUGUUUCUAUUGUUUGUUAAUGUGAUUGAUACUGCUUGCACAAAGAUUCUAGAAGAUGACUUAACAAAAAACAUAGAAAAUCUAUAAGAAACAUAAGAAAUGAAUAAAAUAGAGGAAUCAAGAAUUUAGAAUCAGUCUUAUGAAGAAAGUAAAGAAAUAUUUGAUUAAAAAUACGAUUUUGUCGUUUUUGUCAAAAGUCAUAGUGAAUAUAAUUCAUUUGAUAGAGAAGUAUUAAUUUUGAAUUACUUUAAAAAUAAAAGUAGAUUUGUAAAGAUUUUACUUCAUGAAUCAUUGUUUAAGAUAUUCUAAAGAUUCCUCGUUUUACUCUACUUGUCAAAUACUUUAUUAGUCAAUACCAUAUUUUCAUUAGUCUACUUGAUAAUAUCUGUUAUAUUGUUUUAAAUGAGUGCUACAGUAAAAACCACGAAAAUGUUAAAUUCUGUUGCAAUAUUCUCCAUCCUAUUUUAAUAUUUCCUUUAUCUAUUAAAUUGGACUCCUUCAAUAAAUGAUGUACCUAAAUUGAACUAUUUUGAUUUAACUCCUGAUGAUUUUAAUGUAAUGGCAAAAACAGAUUUAUCUAAUUAUUGGUUGGCCUUUUUAGGUUUUGAAAGUACAGAAAUAAUGGAUUGCGAUUAACUCAAACAAAGUGCAUUUUAAGAUAUGAAAUGUGAGACUAAUGAAUUGCUAAACAUUGUCAUUGUAUUCAAUUGUCUCAUAGUAUCCUUUAUUUAUUUAUAUUUUAUAAUGCUAGAGUGGUUUUGCAAUCAAAUUUAUAAGCAAUCUAUCAAAAUGAAGAACGAAUUUAUAGUGUGCAAAAAGGUCCUAAGUAAUCACAGUGAUAGUCAAAUCAUUAUUACAUAUAAUCUAUGGAGAUAGAAGAAUUAUAGUUUCAGACAUGUCUUGAUACAAACUAUGACAAUGAAUUAUCAUUUGAUUCUCUUUGGAUUUGUGUUGUGGUUAUGUGAAAUGAAUAGAUCAAUUUUUAAUCUUUUGUAAUUACUUAUAGUGAUUGGAUUUUUAUAUGCUGCAGAAUUCCAUUUUAGAUGGCCUUAUGCUUUUUCUCAAAGGAUAAAAAUUAAAGCAUUUUAUCAGGCAAUAUUUACUUUAUCUGCCAUCAUAAUUGCCCUAUUUACCUUAUUGAAAAUCCCAACCUUCUUAGAAUAGUGUGUGAAUGCUCCAACUGUUCGAUUAGAUGUAGGGAAUGGAUUAGAGUUCUAUUGUAUGGAGGCCUUUCAUUUAAAAAUUGAUGGACAGAUCUUCUUAAUCUUCUUCAUUUCAUUGUAUUUUGAUUUAUAAUUAUCCAACCAUGUGAAAAGCACUUAGGAUAAUUAUUAAUCCAAAUUGAAAUUAAGAUCUAGGAUGGUAUCAAGAGGUCUUGCCUACAAUUACAACUAUCAACAAUAUAAAAAAAUAUUAAAAUUGCAAGAGGAGAAGAACCUUCUAAACUAGAUUACAGACACGAUAGAAAGAAAGAUGAUUAUUUGGAAGAAAAGAUUAAGGGAAAUAUAGAUCUAAUCAAUCUAAAAGGAAAAAUCAAUUAAUGUGUAAUAGUAUCCUCAAUUGACUGCCAGUUUUAUGACAGAUCCAGAAGUUUAAAUUCCUUAAGAAUAAUCAUUUUUUAGGAAAAUAUACAUCAAAAUGAUAAUUUGGAUGAGAAACGACAAUCAAUAAAUAAAGUUUAUGCCAUUUCAUAUUUUGAUGGAUUACAUUCUCUAAUAAAAUAAACGACUACAGAGACAUGUCUUUAUCAAACUAGAGAAUCAUCUGAUGAAUGAUACUACAUCCUAUGAAGAUGAGAUGAGAAGUCUUGAGAAAAUAUACAGAAGAUUUUAUCAGGAGAUAUGUAAAAAUAAAGAUAAAUUAAAUGAUGCAGCAUUAGAUAAGGUUAUUUAGAAAGCAAUGAAUAAGUAUAAGAAAUUGUAUAAACCAUAUAAGGGUUAAUAAUAUAAUAAAUAUGUGAACUAAUAUGAAACGAAUUAUAACUUAAGCAAGGAACUUAGAUUCAUUCAUAUCAUAGAUGAGAAGGAGCGUAUAGUUUUAGAAUAAACAAAAUAAAACUAUCCAAUUAAUAAGUUGAUAUAAAUGAAAACGAUGCAUUUAUUUAGCUUGUUUCUGCAAGAUAUAUUUAAAUAUUGUUUGAUUAAAUGGGACACUAUAACCAACAUCAUCAUUAUUUGUUACUAUUUCAAAAACUAUGCACUUUUGGGAAUGGUCUUGCCAAUAGUCAUGUUCGUGUGGGGAUUAAUAGAUGCAAAUACUAAGAUAUUUUGGGUUAUCUCAUAUUCAUUAUACUUUUUCAUUAUUGUAAUGAUAUUUGUAGACUCAAUGUAUGGAGUAUCAUACAGUAAGCCAACUGAACCUAUAUAGUAUAUUCCAUGGUAUUACGUAUUAGAUAAUAGUAACACUUUGGGAUUGUUCUAUGAAAUAUUUGCAGUUUGGUUGAUUACAUUCUAAGUAUUCUUGCAGAAGUCAUUUGGCAUUUUCGAUUACCCUUUCACCUAGAUAGAAAAUAUCUUUCAAGGGUAUAUCAGAUUGAAAUUAAACAAUUUUAAUAAGGAUAUGGUGGAAGAGAUAGUGUAAGAAUCAGAGAUACAGAGAUCGAGAUCUAAGUCAGAAAUAGGUAGAGUUGACAAUCCGGAAAUAGAGAGAAUAGAGUUGGAGAAUUAAUUAUAAGGAAAAUUGUAAUUGGAAAAUUCAGGGUUGGAGAAGGAGCCUGAGAGUGUGAUGUUGAAAAUAGGCAAUGAUUUAGAAAGGAAGAUUGCAGCUAAUCCUGAAAUCUUAGGUGAUAAAUAUAAACCAGGAUUUUUUGAGAAGAUAAUGUCUUAUGAAUAUGCAAGACCAGGAAUAGAUCUUUAUUUAUCUAUCGCUUCCAUUUAAGUAAUCUUAUUUUUGUAUAUGUUGUUCUUUUUCAAUUUCAUGACUGGAGAAUCACAGAAUAUUUAAGGUUACUUAAAAUAUAAUUAAGUGCCUGCUCAAUUAGUAUUAGCAUUGGUGUUUUAAAUGUUGUUUAUGAUGGUUGAGAGAUAUAUAGAAUUGAGAGGAGAUCAAAAAUAUAUUAAGAAUCAAGAAAAAGCAGUGUAUAAGAACAAAUACAAAACUUAGUUUGUUUAAGAGUAUGUAUUACAAGUAGUGAUUCUAACAUUGGUAUUCUGUUUUGUCUAUUGUUAUUUGUUGUAGCUUUGGAACAGAAACAUAGAUAAUUAUAAAGAAUAUGAUACCUCUAUUGUAAUAUAUUUUCUAUUGUUUUGUGCUUAUUUUUACUUAUCUGCCCUUUAACUUAGAUAUGGGUAUCGAGAAUUGAAAAUAAGAAACCAAUUUUUGUAUAUGUACAAUUCACUGAGCUAUUACUUUGCACUAACGUUCUAUUCAAUUCCAUUUUUAUAUGAUUUAAAGGUAUUGAUGGAUUGGACUUGCUUAUACACAUCACUUGAUAUUUAUUAAUGGUUUACUCUCGAGGAUAUCCAUAGGUAAUUGUAUUUUACAAAAAUAAAUUCCUAAAAGAUAAUGAAAAGACAAUUAGGAUUAGAAAUAUCAAAGAUAAGCAAAAUCAUUUUCUUUUUCUUUGUUAUUUUUAUCUUAAUUUGCAUUUUUGGUCCCCUAAUUUUGUUCUCUGCACUUAAUCCUGCUGCUUAAGACAAUCCAAUUGUAAGUGGAACCUUCACUAUUAAUUUAGUAAAUGUUGACACUAACUUAAACGUUGAGCUCUAUCAAUCCAGUCAAUUAUUUGGAUUAGAUUUGCCAAUUAUAAGAGAUAGAUCGGAAAUUAAAGCUCUAACCAAACAGGAUAUAACUAAAUAAUAAAUAGAUAAUGCAGGGGGAAUCUAAAGAUUUUAAUUAUCAGACUUUUCGAAUUAAAAAUGGCAAGUCUCACUUCCACUGUAUAAUUAAUUGAUAAGAGAAUUGGAUCAAACCUUAUCUUAUGAGGAGAACUACAAUUUCAUGUUUAAUGUAACUUUUAUAUUUCGUAGAAGAUUCUAAUUUAACUUCCCCACAUUAUAUAAAUUUUCAUAUCCUUACAAUCCUUUGAUAAAUGGAGUCAAUGGCACAGUAGGUUUGGGAAGGGAUGUAUUGAAAUAUGUCAAGUAGGCUGCCAAGAGUUGUGAUAACUCAGGAAUCUUGUUACCUAAUUUCUACAUUGAAGCCCUCAGGAUAUAUCAAAGUUCUCAAACAAGUUACAACACUACUCCACUAUAUAAAAGUAAUCUUCAAACAGCCUAGAAUGUAUUCCUUAACAUUAAUUGUUCUUAUGGGAAUAAAAAUCCUCUUUAAGGAGUGUCUAAUUGGGAAUUUCAGUAUGCUGGAAAUAGCAGUUUAUUGUCAAAUUAAUCAAAUAUUACUUUGGCUGAUGGAUUAUUGUAUUUUGUAGUUUGUGAUAAAUUCUCAGUCUUAACAAAUGGAUUAAGUGUUAUCACAAUUUACACUACCAUAAUUCUUCUCAUUGCAAAAUGCAUCAGAAGCACAUUCUCCUCUCAAGUAUUUAUGUUAGAUUUUACAUAAAUGGUUUAGCCAGAUGACUUAUUGUCUAUAUGUUAGGCUGUAUCUGUAGCAAGAUAGCUUGAAAAUUAUGGAAAAGAAAAUUUAUUGUAUUUUGAAUUGAUAGAUAUUUUACGCUCUCCAGAAUUAGUGAAGGCGAUGACAGGCGCAUGGUCGGAGAAGUUUGAAUCCUAACAAAGUUAGUAAAAAGAAAUUAAAGCAGCGGAAUUGUAGAAUCAGGAAUAAUUAAAAGAAGAAUCAAAAAAAUUAAAAUUAGACUGA